AUUUAUUUCCUGUUUCCGUCAAUACACGUGCGUCGGCGACUAACGUAAAGUUUAGCUUCUACAGAGCCGACCAGGCCCAGUUUUGAAUUCUUGGACAUUCGCUCCAGACUUUCUUUACAGUCUACUGUUUCCGCGCAGUUUCCGAGUCCAUCAUGUUUGAACAGCUUGGUUUGAUCCGAACGAUGCAGGAUGAUGACCAGAGCCCGGAGGAACCGGACAGUGAGUCCGAUCAGGAGGAGGAGAAGGUCAUUCUCAACAGGAAGAAGAAGCUCAAGAAUUCAGCAUCAAAAGACUUUAAUUGUGCCUUUGAAUUUGGAGAGAGAGACAUACUGGAUGAUGAUAGUGACUGGUUGAUGGCCGAUGUCCUCAAACAGCUCAAGAACAAGAGAACCCUGACAACACUGGACCAGAAAAUAGAAAAAAUCAGAAAGAAGAGGAAAACUGAGGAACAGGGCAAAGCUGGUGAAGGAUCUGCAGAGAAGAACCAGGAGGAUGUUGAUUUGAAACCUGCUGCUGAUGGUGAUGAUGAAAGUAAUGAAGAGGAUGAAGAGCAAGAAUUUGACUCAAAUGAUGAACAGGUUCUUACUAAAGUGGACACUCUCCGAGAAAAAGGACGACGGGGGAGGAAGAGGAAGGUGGAGGAGGAGGUUGUAGAAGCUUUUUAUGAGGACGCAUCUCAGUACAAUGAUCAGUUGACGUUCCAUGACAUGAACCUGUCUAGACCCAUCCUGAAGGCCAUCACAGCUCUGGGCUUCAAGCAGCCAACUCCCAUACAGAAGGCCUGUGUUCCUAUGGGUCUGUUGGGCAGAGACCUGUGUGCCUGUGCUGCUACUGGAACAGGGAAGACUGCAGCCUUCAUGCUGCCAGUGCUGGAGCGUUUGGUUUAUAAACCUAGGACCUCCCAGGUGACUCGUGUCCUGGUUCUUGUUCCCACCAGAGAGCUGGGGAUCCAGGUUCACUCUGUGGCUCGACAACUUGCUCAGUUUACUUCAGUCACAACCUGCCUGGCUGUUGGUGGGCUGGAUUUGAAGUCACAGGAAGCAGCUUUGAGGGCAGGUCCUGACGUUCUGAUUGCUACACCUGGUCGUCUGAUCGAUCACCUACACAACACACCAAGCUUCGAGCUGUCUCGCAUUGAGAUCCUGAUUCUGGAUGAGGCCGAUAGGAUGUUGGACGAGUACUUUGAGGAACAGAUGAAGGAAAUCAUUAGACUGUGUUCUUACAACAGACAAACCAUGUUGUUCUCAGCCACCAUGACAGAAGAGGUAAAGGACCUGGCUGCUGUGUCGCUGAAGCAACCAGUCAGGAUUUUCAUUAAUAGCAAUACUGAUGUUGCCCCCUUCCUGCGUCAGGAGUUUGUCAGAAUUCGACCAAACAGAGAAGGUGAUCGGGAGGCUGUGGUAGCUGCUCUGCUGACUCGGACCUUUCAAGAUCAUGUGAUGUUGUUCACUCAGACAAGAAAGCAGGCACACAGACUGCACAUACUGCUGGGUUUAAUGGGCCUUAAAGUUGGUGAACUACACGGAGAACUGAGCCAGAACCAGAGACUGGAGAACCUCAGGCGUUUUAAAGAUGAACAGAUUGAUGUCUUGGUGGCGACCGAUGUGGCAGCCAGAGGACUUGACAUUGACGGAGUCAAAACGGUAAUCAACUUUACGAUGCCCUCUACAGUCAAACACUAUGUCCAUCGCGUUGGCCGCACAGCAAGAGCCUGCCGCUCCGGCCGUUCUGUGUCUCUGGUUGGAGAAUCUGAGAGGAAGAUCUUGAAGGAGGUGGUGAAGUCGGCCAAAACCAGUGUAAAGGCUCGAGUCCUGCCACCAGAGGUGAUCCUGAAGUUCAGAGACCUUAUCUCUAAACUGGAAAAAGAUGUUGAAGCUGUGAUGACAUUGGAGAGAGAGGAGAAGGAGCUGGCCAUAUCUGAGGCCAAGUUGAGUGUGGCUCAGAAGCGUCUUGAUGGGGUGGACUCUCAGUCACAGAGAGUUUGGUUUCAAACUCAGCAGGAGAGAAAACAGAAUCGCAUUUCUAAGGCUCUACAGGACUUUGAUCUGGCUUUGAGAGGGAAGAAGAAAAGGGCAAAGUUCAUGAAGGAUGGCAGAAAGAAGGAGCUGACGUCUGAGGAGCGUGCUCAGUUUGAGCUCUUGAAGGCCCAAAUGUUUGCAGAGCGAGCAGCAAAGAGAGAGAGACGACAUAAGAGAGCAAGAGCAAUGCCAGAGGACAAUGGACCGAGUAGUGCAGCUAAUCGGAAGACUGGAAGAGGCAGGAAGUCUGUUUUUGAUAAAGAGCUGACUAACACAAGCAGCAAGGCUCUGAAACACUACAGAGCUGGACCAUCAUUUGCAGACAGGAAGCAGCUUGGUUUGGACAGGAAACGCUCAGGUGGAUCUAGGUUUAAGAAGAAGUAGUGACCUGGACACGAUGAAUUCCUCACAUUCUUGUCUUUUUGUCUUAUUUUACUGUUUUGCUUGUAACAAAUUUUAAAUAAAGUUUCAGUAAACAAGA